UAAAACCAACCAAUAAAUAAUAUGAUUCAAUAAAAAAUGUAGGAAACUCAUUUAUUUGCAAAAAUUAAUUUGCUCUAGCUUAAAAUCAUGUUUUUAAGGUCAAAUUUAGUGAAAGGAAAGUGUGUUGGUUUCGUAUAUAGGUACUAUUCAAGUUCAAAAGGUAAAAAAGGCACUAAAUAUUCCAAUACGCUAAUUUUACCGAAAACCAAACUACCCCUUCGACUAGAGAAAGCUGCUCUUUUAGAACGAGAUAAUAGGCUCAAAACAGUUUUAGAAUCAAAGGACUUGUUUAAAUGGCAACAAGAGAACUUAGAAGGUUCAACCUUCGUUUUACACGAUGGGCCCCCUUAUGCAAAUGGUGACUUGCACAUGGGACAUGCUAUAAAUAAAAUAUUAAAAGAUGCAGUAUUAAGAUAUAGGAUCUUAAAAAGGCAAAAAGUUCACUUUAUUCCUGGUUGGGAUUGUCAUGGUUUACCAAUUGAGUUGAAAGUAUCAAAAUGUAAUUUAAGCACUAAUGUUGAACCUAUGGAAGUAAGACAAAAGGCAAAACAAUUUGCUGAAAAAACUAUUGUCAAACAAAAACAAGUAUUCCGUUCAUGGGGAAUAAUAGGAGACUGGGAUAAUAAUUAUACCACUAAUGAUGCGUCCUACAUGAAGAAACAGUUAACAGAUUUUUAUUGUCUUUACAAAGAGGGUCUUAUUUUUAGAGAUCUGAAACCUGUUUAUUGGUCACCGUCUUCUAGAACAGCUUUGGCAGAAGCUGAGUUGGAAUAUAAUAAAAAUCAUAAGAGUAUAGCAAUAAUUACGAAAAUGGAAAUAAAGUACUUUACAAUUACAGGCAACUUCAAUAAAGAAAAAAUAUAUGCCUUAAUAUGGACUACAACGCCUUGGACUUUACCUUGUAACCAAGCCAUUUCCUGUAAGGCAAAUAUUUCAUAUAGUCUUGUAAGAAGCUCUUCAAAUAAUGAACUGUACGUUAUUGCCUCUAAAUUACUGGAGGACAUCUCCCAAAAAUUGAAUAUAACAUUAGAAGUCAUAAGAAAUUUCCUAGGACAUGAAUUAAUUGGUUCAAAGUAUUAUCACCCGCUGUUCGAAGAUUACUUGCUGCCUAUUGUAUUAUCAGAUUAUGUUAGUGAUGACAAAGGGACAGGUUUAGUACACAUUGCACCAGCUCAUGGCCCCGAAGACUUUGUUGUUGCUCUUAAAUACAAACUACCUGUGAAAAGUUUUGUCAAUAAACUUGGAUGUUACACUGAAAACGUGGGUUCUGAUUUGAAUGGACACUUUGUCUUAGGAACAGGACAGGAGAUUGUACUGAAGAAGUUGGAAAAUAAAAUUUUACAUUGUGAAGAGUAUAUUCACAGUUAUCCUUAUGACUGGAGAACAAAAAAACCUGUUAUUUUAAGAGCUAGUCAUCAGUGGUUUAUUAAUACUGAUAAAAUUAAGGACAAAGCAAUAGAAUUGCUAGAAGACGUUAAAAUAUAUCCUAAAAGUAACAAUGAAACCCAUAAAAAAACUUUAAUAAGUCAGUUAAAAAAGAGGCCAUAUUGGUGCAUUUCAAGACAAAGGGUUUGGGGAGUUCCCAUACCCGUCUUUUAUGAAAAAAGCACUGAGAAAGCCCUUGUUGAUGAGUCCAUAAUAAACCAUUUAUGUGAUUUAAUUGAUAAAAAUAAAGGAUUUGAUUUUUGGUGGCAAUUACCAGUAAAAGACCUAAUACCAUCUUCAAUUAUUGAAAAAUUGGGUAUUAUGGAAGAAAACAUUUCCAAAGGUCAAGAUAUUUUAGAUAUUUGGUUCGAUAGCGGAAUUUCGUGGUCGACAGUGUUGGAUGACAAAAUUGCAGAUUUAUAUUUGGAAGGAGUUGAUCAGUUUACAGGUUGGUUUCAGUCAUCACUAAUCACGUCAGUUGCUUUAAGAAAUCGAUCUCCCUAUAAAUCUCUGUACGUUCACGGUUUUGCUGUUGAUGAGAAUAAGCAGAAAAUGUCGAAAUCUUUAGGAAACGUUAUUUAUCCAGAUGAUAUUGUUAAGGGCUCGAAAAAGAGGAAAGCCUAUGGAAUUGAUGUCCUAAGGUGGUGGGUUGUAUGUCACGCAAGUAGGGAGAAUGUUGUUGAAGUUAGUGACAGUACUCUUCAGGCUUGUACAGAUGAAGUACAGAAGAUCAGGAGUGUCUUACGUUAUGCAGUGUCAAUCUUAAAUGAUUUUUCUGAAAACGAAAAAAUUGAGAAAAACUCUUUGCAAAUUAUUGAUAAAUAUUUGUUACAUUUGCUCUGGAAAUACGGAAUUUCAACUCAACAAAUGUAUGAAAAUUAUCACUUUUCGAAGAUUGGUAUUGAUACAGUAAAUUUCUUAACUAAUUCAGUGUCUUCGUUGUAUUAUCCUGCAAUUAAAGACCGUUUAUAUUGUGAGUUUGAAAAUAACCCUAGUCGCAGAGCAGCACAAUUUGUCCUCUUGGAAAUUUUUAAUGUGGUAACGCGUAAUGUUGCCCCAAUGGUGCCUCAUCUAGCUGAAGAACUGUAUGAUUCCUUGUCAGUUAAAAAAGAAGAUUCCAUUUUCAAAACGUGCCAUACUAUAAACAACAACUGGAAUAAUGACACCUUAAACGAUUUUGUUGAAAAAGUACUUUUGAGUGUUAAAAAAGAUCUUCACAAAUCUGUCGGGGCAAAUGUUGCACCUUAUAAAAUAUGGCUUACUCUAACUGAAGACUUUUAUAAAAUAAUUUCGAACAUGCAACCAGACGCUCAUAAAAUGAAAAGUGAACUUUGCGAUUUCUUUCAAAUUUCCGACAUAGAAGUUGAUGUUGAAAACCUUUCUGGUAAAAACUACAUCUUCAAAUUUGAAAAAAGUUCCUUAUUCGUUUGUGAUAGGUGUAGAAGGUUCAGUGCAGACAAAGAAUACGAACUGUGUAACAGGUGUUCGUCAGUCGUUGGAAAAAUUCAUAAAGAAUCAUUAAUUAAUUGAUUAUUACUUCUUGUAUUAACUAAAUUAUGUAUAAAAUAUAGAAUCUAAAACUUUGCUUA